AUGCAUAUGCCACAAGAACAGGUGGAGAGUAUCAAAGAAUACAGAAAACAGUUUGAAAGGCAUCUAAAACGAGUAUCGCACCAGGCUGUUGGUAAAUUUGACCCAUGGAAACUGGUUGAGGACAUUGCUGAUGAGAUUGUGGACAGCUGUGUAGGAGGAGUUGCUCAGGAACUGGACAACAUCAACAGUGAGAUAGCAGGUUAUGUGUUCAGCACAGAAUUUGCUGCUCCACCAGAAACCAGACCACCUCUAGUAAGUCAGGAGGUGCAGGUCCAAUCUAAACCACACCCCAACUUCCAAGGGGCAAAGCUUUCUGCAGAGCAAGAUGACUAUCUACACCAAGAAAGAAAAGCAAAGCAAUUUAAAUGGCCCAACAACUCGACUGAAAAGGGCAGUAGAAAUGAAGAGUAUUUGAAGCAGUCACACACAGACAGAUCCCCAACCUCUCUGUCAACCUAUUCUCAUUCAUCCAAGGGUGACUCAAAAGGCAAGUCUUCUCAUUCUAGUCUCAGUGGUAAGAUGUCCAUGGGUGAAUUGGACAAGUCGGCUGGUUCUCACAAUCAAAGUUCAAAAAAGGAGAACCUUGAGAAGGACGAGUCUAAGAGGUCUGAGAAAUCUGAGUCUGAAAAAUCGGGGAAAUCUAAAUCAGAGAAGUCACAGAGUAGCAGGUCAAAAGAUGUGAAGGAAGUCCUCAAAUCACUAUCAGGAACAAGUUCGCAGUCAAAAAGAUCUGAAGACACAAAAUCACCAUUGCAUUCCAGUGCAGCUUCUCCUUAUCAGGAUGGACAGACACCAGAUGAGAUAGGGUCACAUGCAAGCUAUUCACAAGAUAAUGAUCAUGUUGAAGAAAAACUGGAAGAUAAAUCCAAGGCUUCAGGGAGACAUUCUGCUAAGGAAAAAGACGACUAUUCUCAAACUUCCUCUGCAGGAGUGCAGUCAAUAUCUGAAGUAAUGGAGAUUGCUGACAACAAAAGUGAUAGAUCUGAAUUUUGAGACUAUUAAAUUUAAGUGUUAAGUAGUUGUUUGUCAGCUAUUUGUAUUAAAAGUAGUAUUUUAAAAGUUUGCAUAUCAAUCCCACAACUGAAAUAUAUGUCUGACUACAUAUGAGUUAAUAAAAUAAAUUCACUAAAUUUAAGAUAAACUAGUUAUAUUAAUUGUUUAUUGCAGAUAAAAAUGUAUAUGUACAUUUGAAAUGUGACGUACAGAGCACCAUGAAAAGAUUUUUUUCCCUGUGAACAUGGUUAUUAUGGAUUAUUAGUUGCACACCAAAUUAACAUGUACUGCAUAAAAAUACAUUUUGCUGAAAGUAAUGGACUUGUACUUCAUUUGUUUUUCUAAGAGUUUAUCAUUGUAAAUCUGUCCCAUUAAUGAAUAAAAAAUCUUUUAUGUGAUUUUACACUGGAAUCAAAAAUUUUUAUAGUUUUUGGAAUAUUAUAUUGAAAAUGAACCUUAAAUAUUAAAGGUACAAUCCAUGGGUUUGAAAAUCCCCAAAAUGCUUUUUUUCCAUCCACAGCUUCUUAUAAAAACUUACACCUUAAAAAUGAUUUAACCCCAUAAAUAUUUUUUUCUGGAGCAUACCCGAUGUUGAUAUUUCCAUUGGAGCUAAUAGGAAGAUGGUCACUCUUAAAAUAACUGGUCAAUCAUUUUAAGCUAAAUCAACCUUUAUAAAUUUUAUCAAAGGUUGAAUCCAACUGCAGAGAGGGAGUGGUAAAUGAUUCAAGAGUAGGAGAAGAUUGUUUAUUUGCCUAGGAAAAUCGGUUUUGGCAUAAAUCUUAUGGAGUGUACCUUAAAGUUGGACUACUUCAGGUUUUCAUCUUUAAGCAAAAAAAAAAAAAAAA